GAAGAAGGGAGGGCGCUGGGGACAUUCAAGUUGGCAGAGAGACACUACACUGCAACUGCCCCCAAAUCCCGCCAUGGCUUAUUUGGUUCCAGUAUUUUCCUUGGCCUGCGUGAUGACUCUCAGCUGCCUCCAUGCCUCCCUCUGCCCUCCGCUGCUCACACCAAGUAACGCCACUGAGUUCUCCUGCUCUUCGCCGUCUCUUCAGGAGUUCCCAACAGGCUUCCCUGCGGAGACCCUGCUCAUCUCUGUUGAGUUCACAAACAUCUCCCGGAUCAGCGCAGAGGCUCUCAAGGGCCUUGGCAAACUGCAAGAGCUUCACCUGUCGAAUAACAAACUGAGAUCUCUUCCCGACAGUCUCUUCCGUGAUGUCCCAGAUUUGGCCGCUUUGGAUCUCACCAACAACUUCCUUGAAGACCUGCCUCCAGGGAUUUUCAGGAACACCAGCGCCUUGAAACAACUGGCCCUUGGCGAAAACCAGUUGGCCACCCUGCGGCCAUCUUGGUUUCACCCGUUGCGUCAGCUUAGUAUACUCGACCUGUCCCACAACCUGCUAAAGGACGUGCCCCCCUUUUGCUUCAGUGGGCUGGAGAACGUGACAAAGCUGGAUCUGUCCUUCAACUUCCUUCAUACCUUGACCCCCCAAAUCCUGGAAGGGCUCCUCCACCUAGAGAACCUGAAUCUGGAAGGGAACCAGCUCUCGUCCAUCAUGGAUGCGGCCUUCCGAGGGGCUCCUAGCCUGAAGUUUCUCUUCCUCCAGAACAACACCUUGACCGGUCUCCCACCCGGGCUCUUUGAGCCACUCAACCAUCUAACCAUGCUGGACGUCUCCCACAACAAACUCACAUCUCUCACGCCAAAGUUGUCCAGGCAGGCUACGACACUCAGCCUCGAUCUCUCAGGCAACCCGUGGGCGUGUGACUGCCACAUGAGUCCUCUGGUGACCUGGCUGAAGCAGCUCUCCAUCCCUCUGUGGGCUGAGGCACAGACCGUCUGCGCCAGCCCAAAGGACCUGGAAGGCCAGCUGUUGACAUCUCUCGCCCCUGGCAAAUUAGGCUCCUGCUGAACCCGAAACGUACAUUUCCAUGCACCUCCUCCUCACACAACUAGAAUAUGUACAUAAAUCCUAUCAAAUAGCAACCAACUCACGGCAACCCCAACAAGGGUUUUUCAAGUCAAGGGAGAAGCAGAGGUGAUGGUUUGCCAUCAUCUUCCUCAGCAGAGCCCUCCCCCUUCCUCCCUCCCCUCCCUUGCAUGCCACCCCUC